CUUGGACCCUGCCGCGUGGGACAAAUCACCUGCCUCUGCAUCGCAAUGGGAGGGUUAAAGACGCGCCUGCUGCCCUUCUCACGGCUUACACGCCUUCUUCUUAGUUGCUUCGAGCAUCGUUUGUCCUCUCGAACUUACCCGACAUCGUCUUUGAAUCCCUCUACAGUAGCUGGGCUCAGCGGAUGAGCUCGGAAUUUGUUCGACCCCAAUCCCAGGGUCUCCAGCCUGAGCUUUCGGAGAGCGUUCCUGUGAAAGCGAAAUCGUUGGUUAUUGCGGCAUCAUGCUUGGAGAGAUCGUCUGGCGGGGCUUCAGCCUUUUGUAUGGAUUCGUGAGCUGGAUCGCCAUGGUGGCGAGGGCGGUGAUUCGGGAGGGCGCGUUUACGAAGAAAAUGGACGAAGAGGAGAAGAGGCAAUUGGCUGCGGCUCAGAAGAGAUACUGGAGCCUCGACCAAGAACCGUUCCCCGGCUUCACGCACAGGUUCUUCAGGCUUAGAAAUGGCUUGAAGCUCCAUUAUGUCCUCAAUUCGAAUGCAGGAACCUCGUCGGCUAAGAAUGUAGCUAUAUUCAUCCAUGGCUUUCCUGAUUCCUUCCUCCUCUGGCGCAAUAUCCUCAAGUCUUCGUCCCUCGAGUCCCACAUCUUGAUCGCAGUCGAUCUCCCUGGCUACGGUGGCAGCGAUAGUUUCCCAAGAUACGGUCCGAACGAGGUGUUGGAGGCAAUGGCGGAGUUUAUACUGGGCAUGCGGACAGAACAUAUGAAAGAAGGGAGCAAGAUGGUGGUCGCGAGCCAUGACUGGGGAGCCAUUGUGAGCGCCAGGCUUGCGGCGGAGGCCAGCCAGUUGGCGGAUCGGUGGGUUAUUGCGAGCGCUAUCAUUCCUGAACACGUCCUCUCCAAUGCAUCCACCCGCUUCGCCUCCGCAAAGCAAAUGCUGCACACUUACCUCCGCCGCCCGCUCAACAUCCGACUCCUUAAAAACGCCCUUUCCACCCUCGUUCCCAUCAUCUCGCAGCUCGGCCGCUCCUUCUACGUCUUCAUCUUCAGACUCCCAUAUCCAUUCUCUACCUCCUUCGUCACUUUCGGGAACUAUUGGUUCCUCAAGCUUCUCCACAACGUCGCGGCAGGCCUGCUGAGGCCAGACGGCUCAUGGUCAAGGAAACUUGGUUCGAAAGAGACGGCUGAAUUUCUCUCUAUGAGCGCCGGGCCCAGUGUGACGCAGAUUUUGGAGGCUGAGGGGGAGUAUCCCGAGAGUGUGAGGAAGAGGGCGGGGGACUGGGGAAUGAGCGAGAAGAUCAGGAUAUAUCGCGAGCAUUUGCUGCUCAAUCCGUGGGAGAAGUCGCUAGAGACCGUCGUUGAGCUUUCGGAGAUCCCGACAUCGCUUAGGCGUUCUAGCUCCGGUGCCGGCUUCCUCGAUGAAGGCCCAGCGGGCGCGCUCAAGGCGCCUGCUACUGUCGUAUACGGCAUUGAGGACCGAAGCUUUGAUAAGAGGUUGGGACUAGAGGGACUUGGGGACUAUUUAGUCAAGGGCAGCCAAUUGCUGACCAUCGCCGGCGCGGGCCAUUGGCUACCGUUCGAGGGCGUUGGAAGCAAAGUCCUGGAAGAGGUCGUCGACUGGGCUAUGGGUGACGAGAACGAGCCUUUGAGCGAAACUCUUGAGGCAAUGAAGGAUGUGAGGUUCGUUGUGGAGAAGUAGAAUUACUUCACGGACAAUACUCGGUGGCAGUUCGAUCCGCAUGCAGUGCAAUGAUGCGUUGGAGCUGAGGCGAGGCAAUGUGCCUUUUGCUGGAGAUUGGGGUAAGAAAUGGAGAAAUUCCCCAUGGAAGUGGGAGUAGAAAGGGCAUGCUCUCACAGUCAUGACUGUAUGAUAUCUCAGAAUCUGUUAGGGCGUAUGCCUCCCCACGAAACUCUCUCUUAAUAUCAAAGAUGUCAC